AUGGAGCCUUCUGAGAAACCUAGUCAGAUUAACAAAGAUAACUUUUUAGCAGUUCCUACUCUAUCUGAGUCUCUUUCUGAAGAUGAAGAAGCUAAAGCACCUUUAAAACCUGGUUUUUCUCCUCAACCAAGUAGACGAGGUUCAGAUUCUUCUGAAGACAUGUACCUGGACACCCCUUCUUCAGGUAUGAGAAGAGUUUCGUUUGCUGAUACAUUUGGAUUAAAUCUUGUGUCUGUUAAAGAAUUUGAUUGUUGGGAUUUACCGAGUGCUUCAACCAAUUUUGACUUAAAGAAGGCCAUUUUCCACACAGAAGAUUAUGUUUUGUGUCCACUAUUUGACUUGCCUUCUUCUAAAGACGAUCUUAUGCAACGACUUCAAGUACAGAAAGCAGUACUGGAAUCAACUGAAUAUCCACCUAAGUCUACAAGUAUGAAGGGGAUUAUUCGAGUGUUGAAUGUUUCUUUUGAGAAGCUAGUAUAUGUAAGAAUGUCCUUAGAUGACUGGCAGUCAUACUAUGACAUCUUAGCAGAAUAUGUCCCUAAUUCAUGUGAUGGUGAAACUGACCAGUUCUCCUUUAAGAUUACGUUGGUUCCUCCUUAUCAAAAAGAUGGCAGUAGAGUUGAGUUUUGCAUACGUUAUGAAACUUCUAUUGGUACAUUUUGGUCAAAUAAUAAUGGCGUGAAUUAUGCAUUGGUUUGUCAAAAGAAGGAACAAGAACCGGAACCUGUAAAACCACAGGAAGAAGUACCUAGUAAACAAAUAAAAGGCUGCUUAAAGGUAAAACCAAGUAAAGAAGAAACAUCAGUAACAUCAAAAGGGAAUAACUUGGAGAAUUCAAAAGUUACAGAUACCUAUAUCCCGACAAUUGUUUGUUCUCCUGAGGACAAGGACGACCUGGAAAUCAGUAAUCAAAAUGUAAAAGAUGUAAACAGGGAACAGGAUGAACAUAAUGAAAAAGAAUUACAUUUGAUGAUAAAUGAACACUUAAUACGAACUCGAAGCACUCCUUCCAGAGAUGAAAAGAAUACAUUUUCAACAGAUCCAGUCAAUUUUCCAAAUAAAGCAGAGGGGUUAGAGAAGACGCAAAUCCACAAUGAAAUAGGCACUGACUUGUUCAAAAGGCCUUUGUCUCCAAGUUCAUCAGCAGAACUCUCUUUAAAGGGAGAUUUUCACCACAAUGAAAAAUAUUCCUUAGGAAAUUAUUGUAGUUAUCAACCUUCAGAGGGAAUUACUUCAGGUAUGGGAGAAAUCAAGCCAUUUUUGGAAGAUGCUAGUAAUGAUGAAUUAGUGCAGUUAGGUAUCGACAGCAAAGAACUGGAUGAUAAUGCUAAUCCAGCUCAAGAAAAGAACAGAGUACAGGUAUUUUUUCCCAUCUCAGAGCAACUAAUGCCAGGUAGCCUUAUGAAAAAACAUAAAGGAGAAGCUAAGAAAAUGGAAACAAAAGACUGGGAAUAUUUAAAGAGAGAAUGCCAUUCAGAUGAGUCUGCAUACUUGGAAGGAUCAAUAGGAAAAGGGACUGCCAAGAAAGAUUAUUGCAGUGUUGAAGAUGAGGAACAGGAAAGUAUACACUUUAGCCUUCAUGAAAAAGGACAAAACAAUUUAAAACCCAUCUAUCAUGACCAAGAAAGGAAGAUAGGCUACUCUGAAGAAAGUAUGGAAGCCAUAGGAGCUAAUAGCAGAGACCUAACGGCCGAGUCAAGUAAGACCCCAGCUCCCAGCCAGGCACCAAGAGCAGAUAGGGCUCAUUCACCAAGGACAUAUUUAAGUUGGGAUAAAGUUGUGAUAACAACCUCAGAGCAUGAUUUCACAACCAGUGAAGGCACCACUUUAGGAGGGAUGACUGGACAGAUUUGUUCACCAAGAAAUGGAAAUACUUUGAGGAAUGAUUAUCCUUUCCAAGCUGAGGAAGAAACAUCGGAUUGGAUUAAUCCUGAAGAUCAGAAUAAGAAUACACAGCAUAAAUAUAAUUGGAAUGUUCUGGAAAGUCAGGGAAAAGCAAAAGAGAGUAAGGCAAAUAUAGCAGAGCAGACCAAAGAACAAGCAUAUUGUGAAGACAUGUGGGAAAAAAGAGAUAACACAAGGAGUUUGAAAGGUACUCCUGCAGAAGGAUUGUUUACCUGCCAAGAAACAGUGAGCCGUGAACUGUCUUCUCUAGCUGAUCAUGGUAUUACCGAGAAAGCAGAAGCAGGUACAGCUUAUAUAAUUAAGACAACAUCAGAAAAUAUUCUAGAAAGCAUGUCUGCUAGAGAAAAAGCAAUAAUUGCUAAGCUACCUCAAGAGACAGCACGAAGUGACAAGCCCAUCGAGGAAAAGGAAACAGUGUUUGAUCCGCAUGAAGGGAGGAAUGAUGAUUCACAUUAUACCCUUUGUCAACGGGAUGCAGUAGGUUUAAUCUAUGACAAUGAUUUUGAAAAGGAAUCACAUUUAGGUAUUUGUAAUGUACGUGUAGAUGAAACGAAGAAGGAAGAAACCAUGUCUACAUCCAAUCCUGGGAAGACACAUGACAGGGAGAAAAGUGGCAUUGGAAAUCUAACAUGUGUAGAAGAAUCCUUACAGGUCCUUACAGGGAAACAUAAAACAGCUUCAAAACGGGAUUUACAUUUGGAAAUGUUGCCAAAAGACAAAAAAAUAUUUCCAAAAAAUAGAGAUUAUGGGCAUGUCCCAGAAUUAUCAAUGAAAACAGACUUCAAUGUCUUUCCUCCAUCUGCUUUUAACUCAGACACUAACAGGGCUUCUCAGAUUGGUUCUCAUUUGUCCAAUCACCAUACUAAAACUUCAGUGUCAUUUUUUGAACAAGCAACUGCCAACGAGGGUAUAAAAAUUUCUACCAUGACUACCAUUUCUACUAAAUCAGAGUAUAAAUGUAAUCCAGCGCAUGAAAUCCAGGAUACUGAGAAACACCCUCAUCCUGGGUCUAUACCUGAAGAAGUUUCCACAAAUUUGGGAAUAGUGGCAUCCAGUAGUAGUAGAGAAAGAUGUAUAGACCAGAUUUCUCAACAAGAAGAACACAAUGUGGAAAACUCUCUAGGGCCAAUGAUUUUAGUCAGUGAACCCUUUGAGAACAAGGAAGAGGCAAGAUAUGGAAAUGAAGGUUUACUAAACUCUGGACAAUUGUUAUGCUCUUCAGCUGACAAGGAAUGUGAAAACUCUGCCUCAACUACUUCUCUGGCCCAAGAAAGGAAAGUUCAAGGCAGUCAUUCUCUGCUUUCCAAAUAUACCAACUCAAAAAUACCUUAUUUCCUUUUGUUUCUGGUAUUUCUUGUUACCAUCUACCACUAUGACUUAAUGAUUGGCUUAGCAUUCUACCUUUUUUCACUGUACUGGCUAUCCUGGAAAGCAGAAAGACAAAAGGAAUCUGUCAAAAAGAAGUAA